CAACACUAACAACGGUAGCAAGCUGAACGCAUCCUCCACACACGUUCUGGAGUUUGGUGCGUAACAUGCGUCUGACGUCACCUCCCUUAGUAACCCUCGGCGGCGUCUCCAAGAGCGAAGGCAACAAGAUGGGAUUGCUGUCCAUCCUUCGGAAGCUAAAAAGCACACCAGACCAGGAGGUGAGGAUACUGCUGCUGGGUCUGGAUAACGGGGGAAAGACCACCCUGCUCAAACAGCUGGCAUCUGAGGAUAUCAGCCACAUCACCCCCACACAGGGAUUCAACAUUAAGAGCGUCCAGUCUCAAGGGUUUAAACUGAAUGUUUGGGACAUUGGAGGCCAGAGGAAGAUCAGGCCUUACUGGAGAAACUACUUUGAAAACACAGAUGUACUGAUUUAUGUCAUUGACAGUGCGGACAGGAAGAGAUUUGAAGAAACUGGCCAGGAGCUGGCUGAGUUGCUAGAUGAGGAGAAGUUGAGCGGCGUCCCCGUGUUGAUCUUCGCAAACAAACAGGACCUGCUGACGGCCGCCCCGGCCUCUGAGAUAGCCGAGGGUCUCAAUCUGCACACCAUCCGGGAUCGCAUGUGGCAGAUCCAGUCCUGCUCUGCCCUCACUGGUGAGGGGAUUCAGGAGGGAAUGAAUUGGGUCUGCAAGAGCGUCAACUCCAAGAAAAAGUAGCUUCGCUUUUUAGUCUUUGACUUCAUCGGAGGAGCAGCAGCAGCAGUGGCAGCAGAACACACACAUACACUGACACACAUUGCACCCUCCUGAGCCUUAGUACGAUGGGAUAUACCUGUGAAUGUAAACACUACUAAUCCAACAUGGACUUGGAGUUUUUAACCCCUGCAUUCCUGUAUCGCCGAUUUUAAUUAAUUCUCCUAAAGAGAGAGGGGGUUUGACCUCAAAGGGAACCCUUGCCAGGAAAUCAAACCCCUCCACCCAGUCUACCCACGUCAGAACCGCUAUCCCAGCCACCACCCUCAGCCAGUCGCCACCUCAAACAUUCCCAUUAAACUGCUGUCUUUUCUUUGUACUCCAACAUGUUCUUUAGUCUCCUCCCUCCAUCCCAUUCUUACAGGUUGAUAACUGUGGUUUUCUAAGUAUCAUUCCACCGUGGCUGUAAGCGCUUUUCCUGCUAUGGCUCUGUUUGAAGUGAGGUAUAUUUUUGUAAUUGUUUUAUUUAUGCUGAAGUAGAGUGUGGAGUGCUUCAAACAGCAAUGGUUUGGUGUGUGUGAUUUCAAGGAUGUUGGAGAAACAGUCUAGCUCUCCCCAUUUAAAGAAUACUUUACAUGUUAAUAUGUAUAAAAGAAAAGAAAAAAAAGAAACUACAUGGUAAAGAGGAACUACAUUUUUGGAUCAACUGUAAAUAGCUCAGCCCUGUGUUUAUAUAUUAUGUUAUGCACAUGUUAUAGAGUAUGUGUCACCUUGCUGUACUCUGUAGUCUAUAAUGUUUGCAUAUCUAAUAUAUGCUGGCAGAUUUUUAACAGAGGUACUGUACAUCCUGACGCAUUUCUUUGUGCUUCUUGGGUUAGUGAGGGAAUUCACUCUCUGCGUUUCCUUUUGAUAUUCUUGAAUGUAAUCUGUCCAGAAUUGAAGGUACUGUAUGUGAAUAAAGAUGUAAGAAAACUCUUCAA